ACCAUUCCCACACCGAGUCCAUUACACCUGCAGUUCGCUCCUCCUUCACUGAACAGGUAUUUGCAUUGAACACGGAAACAAAACCGAAUUCAACGAAAGUGGCUCGGGGGAUUUACUGGUGAUGAACGACUAUGGGCAACGGGUUGAACACAACACUCGACAGAUGGGGUGUAAAUCCCCGGAAAUUAAACAAGAAGAGAAAGGGUGAUCCAGUGGAGCCUCAGGAGCAGGUCCCGGACGUCCACAUAUAUGACGAUGUUCCUGACGAGGGCCAGAGGCAGAGACAGGACUCUGACGGGAUUCUCUAUGCAGAUCUGCAGCUGAUGCCCCAUCCGGCCGCCGGCGGAGGGAGGAAGUUUCCGUCCCCCUCAGAUGAGCAGCAUACAGAAUAUGCCGCCGUAAACUUUACUCCCAGGGGCGAGACGCUCAACCAAAAACUAACCAGCCUGCAGCGCCAGUUCAGCCCCUCGCCUGUGAAGCCCACUUCCCUGCCCGCCGACAUCCUCAUCCCCCCUGGUGCUCUGAAAACACCCAAACGCCAACAACAACCGAGACCCAGCAGCCCCCGCCCCGGACACACCACCCAACACAAACCAGUUGUGGUGUAGAAUUGACCAACACACACACAUAGACUUUUUCUAUCUACGACUUUUAUGAAGACCUCACCCAUGAUUGCUAGAUGAUUGAAUGGAUUACUCUAUUUAUCCUACUUCUUAUAUUCAGUCGUGUGACAGAAUGAAUCUUGAUAUUCAUAAUUUUUUUGUGUGAAAUCAUUUUACUAUUUAUGUGUAUAAGAUAUAUAUCAAAUAACUCCAUCCAUGUUUUAUUAAAAAAAAAUCGUCUG